AAGAGAGGCGUGGCUUGGCUUCACCUGAGACUGCUCUGAGGAGCGUGCAGCAUGCAGCGCAGUACACAGUCAGAUCUCUGGAGGAGAGGCAUCAUUAGCAGCACAACAGGGAAUCCAAUGGAAACACAGGAUGACUGAUGCUUACUUUUCCUGAAACACUCAGCGGGAAACCUUUGACAGAGCAAGGAUGAGUUAGCAGCCCAUGACUACACUGCUGGAAGCGGGAGCUUGUUCUAGUGAAUCAGCAUCAAUUACACAACAACAUUAGCUUCAGCAAAGUACUGCAGGAGGAACCUGCUUGGAUUUUAGCACAACCUCGGUACAUCCUGGUGAUCAUGCAGCAGACCAGACAACACAACUUCACGCUGGUGGUGCUUGGAUACCUAAUACCUGUCAUUUGGGGUUUUCCAUUUGGGCCGGUUCUUGAUAUGGAUGUCACCCCCAGGACAACUGUGCGUGUUGAUGGGCUCCUGGGUUGUAAUCAUUUUCGUGGAGCUGCGGUGAACUACAGCUCUUUGUUACUGGAGGAUGGACCAGGGUUGUUAUAUGUUGGGGCCAGAGAGGCCAUUUACAAACUGGACACCACUAACAUCUCUGACACAAGUACCUCUUUAUCUCUGGAAUGGGCAGCAUCUGCUGAACAAAAGAGGCAGUGCCUGAGCAAAGGAAAGAACAAUCAGACUGAAUGCUACAAUCAUGUGCGGUUCCUGGACAGAUACAAUGACACUCACCUGUACACCUGCGGGACACAUGCCUUCAGACCUCGCUGUGCUUACAUAGAUGUGGCACGCUUUACCUUCGUGCGUUUUGAGGAGGGAAAGGAGAAAUGUCCGUACGACCCUACAAAGGGCUACACUGGAUUUAUAAUAGAUGGUGAGAUGUACUCUGCCUCCCAGUAUGAGUUUCGCAGCAUCCCUGAUAUACGACGCAACUUUCCUUUCCCCAACUUACGGACAGAUGAUUCCCCAACAAGAUGGCUGCUGGAGUCAGAUUUUGUUGGCUCAGCGUUACUCAGAGAGAGCAUCAACAGCUCCAUCGGGGACGAUGACAAACUCUACUUCUUCUUCACGGAGAAGAACAUAGAACCGACAGCUUACUCCAGCCAGACCAAAGUGGCAAGGGUGGCCCGCGUGUGUAAGGGGGACAUUGGAGGGCAGAGGACUCUUCAGAGGAAGUGGACCUCCUUUCUCAAGGCCAGACUGGUGUGCGCCAUACCAGACUAUGAGCUUUAUUUUAACGUCCUACGCAGCGUUUUUGUCAUCGAGGGAAGCAAUGUACACAACAGUGUCUUUUAUGGUGUUUUUGGACUUGAGUGGAGAAAUGUUAAGAUGUCUGCAGUUUGUAAGUAUUCCCUCAAAGAUAUCCAGACAGCUUUUGAUGGGCCUUACAUGGAACAACAGGACACCAAAUGGAAGGAAUACACUGGAAAAGUUCCAGAACCAAGACCUGGCUCGUGUAUAACUGAUGAGCAUCGUUCCAAGCUCAUAAAUUCCUCCCGGGAUCUCCCUGACAACGUACUGAAUUUCGCUCGGAGACACGCUUUAAUGUCCAGACAGAUCCAGCCAGUGGGAGGACGUCCCGUGUUGCUCCAGAGGAGCGCGGACUACACCAAGAUCGCUGUAAAACAGAUUGUGGGUUUGGAUGGACGCGUCUAUGAAAUGCUCUUCAUUGGAACAGAUGAGGGCUGGUUACACAGGGCUGUGAAGAUCGAAGACCGUGUUCACAUCAUUGAGGAGCUUCAGCUGUUCAGAACGAAACAACCAAUCAAUAACAUGGUGAUAUCACAAAAACAGAACAGCAUCUAUGUGAGCGCCGACUCUGGAGUAGUGCAAGUACCCCUGUCAUCCUGUGAGCACUACACCUCUUGUUAUGACUGUGUGUUUGCACGAGAUCCACACUGUGGUUGGGAUGGUAGAGCGUGUACUGACAUAGCAGCUUACACUAACAGGUCCAGUCUCAUCCAGGACAUCCAGAAGGGAAACAGAGGCUGUACUAAUAUAACAAGCGAUGGUUUCGUCAUGCACCGUACACGUGCAGUGAUGGCAGGAGAUGAUGUGCUGUUACAGUGUGAGAUCCGUUCAAACCUGGCCACCCCUCACUGGACGCUAAACGGACAGGUGCUGGAAGGUUACGCCGUAGACUCUGGCUACCGCACCGGCACUGAUGGCCUCCUCAUCAUUGGCGCUCAAAACCAGCAAAGCGGACACUACCGUUGUUACGCAGUAGAAAACGGCGUCUGGGUUCCCGUUCGAAGCUACAUGGUACAAAUCCAACCCGUGCCGCCUCCAGCAUCGCAUCUCUCAGGAAGCCCGACGGCUCUACCCGAAAGUUUUUUUACUACUGCAACUGCGCCAACUCCAAGUCCCUCCAGCGGUCCUAUCAAGCAGCUCCUGUCGCCCCCACCGGGCUUGUUGCCUUCUAAACCGGAGUUCCAGACCUACAGGCACAUGGAGGCCAUGUAUAUCUCUCUGGUGGCUGUUCUUGGCGGGCUUUGCCUGGUUCUAACAGUUGUCCUGCUGUACGUUAGCUUCUGCGCGCGCAACUCUCCCAGUGCCAGGAAGUACUCCCAACAAGCUCUAACUGCAACGACAGCAACCGAAAGAAAGAGGAGCUCGCAUUUUGAGCUUAAAACCAUCUCCAGCCACUGCAAUGGCAGAGCGGAGGGGCGUAGCAGAGCGAUGUCAAGAGAUGGAGAGUUUCUACAGAUCGUCCCAGUGGACAUCCAGACCACGCCUAGUAAGGAGCCUCCGCCAGCACCGCCGCUUCCAAUGCCGCCGCCCCUGCCCGCUUCGGAGUACGCAAACGGACUGUCGGCCACGUUGCCCAGCGUGCUAAGAAAGAUGAACGGGAAUAGCUACGUGCUCCUGCGGCAGACGGACACGGAAAUGACGUCUCCGCUUUACCACUCCUUCACCGAGGAGCUCAACAGGAUUCUAGAAAAGAGGAAACACACACAGUUGGACGUCCAACCAGAUGAGAGCUCUGUGUAGCACCACUACUGUAUCACCCCCUUGUGGUGUGGAGGCUUACUUUUUGUAUAAGAACCAAGAGAACUGUGUCGUGAAGUUCUUCAUGCUAUCUCGAUAUACAACUUCAACUUGUUUGAGAAUCAUCUCGUGAAAAUGAAUUUAGUAGACGUCAAUUGUAGCUAAAGACAUCUAGACUGUGGGCCUCGGAGUGUAAAAACACAAGAUGAACUUUAAUCAAGAACACAAAAGACUGAAUUUGCUUAUGUUGUUUCAUUUUAAAAGAAAAUUACGAGACUUCAGAACACUGUCCAAAGACUUUCUCAGCAAAGCAAUGCACAUUUGUACAUAAUUGAUGUGGUAUUAUGCUCAAAUGCAGACGUUUACAGAUUUCUUGUUUUUGCCUAAUUGCACCUGAUGUAAAUAACAAUCAUUUUAUUAUCAAAGUAUAAAUAGUUGGAACUUCUUCGCUCGUUCAUUAAUAAUUCAGAAAGAGUUGGGGUCUGUUGGCAACGUUUCGUGUGAGGGCACGUUUUUGAGCUUUGGACUUUUUAACAACACAAUUUCACACUAGAUUGCAGUCAGAUUACAGGAGCGGCAAGUGUUAGCACAUGCAUCAUUGACAUCUACAAAUACAGAGGUGGUCAUUUUCAGAGCCACUCGGCUGUGGAAUUCAACGCCUCCUUCAGGGAUGAGUUGUGUUUCUCUUUGGCAGUGUGUCAGAAAGAGUGAAUGGAUCUCAGAAUGGAAGACACACUCUCUCUGAUACACGAAUUCCCUGUCAAAUGCUGGCAAAAAUGCUUUUUUAAUAUUUAAAUGACGCAAGAGAUGCUCACAAAGGGAAGUAAAAGCCAAAAUGUCAGGACCUUUGAAGUUGAAUGAGUUUGCAUUUCAUUUUCUGCAUGACAAUGCACCUGGUUAAUUGACUGUUUUGAACUCCAGACGUAAAUGUAUUUCUAUUAGGGCUGUCAGUUUAUUAUUUUAAAUUACUAAAAUUCAUUUUAAAAAUCUGAUACACCACUGUUCAAAAACGUUUGGGGUUGAUGUUUUUGAAAAAAGUUUCUUUUGCUCACCAAGGCUGCAUUUAUUUGAUCUAAAAUACAGUAAAAACAGUAAUAUUGUGAAAUAUUAUAACAAUUUAAAAUAACUGUUUUCUAUUACAGUAUAUUUUAAAAUGUAAUUUAUUCCUGUGAUGCAAAGAAUUUUCAGCAUUACUCCAAUCUUCAGUGUCAAAUGAUCCUUCUGAAAUCAUUCUAAUAUGAUGAUUUGGUGCUUAAGAAACAUAUUUUUAUUAUCAAAGUUAAAGACAGUUGUGUUAUAAUUUUUUUAGUGGAAACUCUGAUACAUUUUUGCAGGAUUCUUUGAUGCAUAGAAUGCAUUUUUAAAAGUCAGUAAAGUACAGUAAGUCAUUACAUUUACUCUUUUUUUUGGCAUUUUGCCUUUAUUACUGACAGGACAGAUCAGAAAGGACAGGGAGUGAAGUGGGAGAGAGAUGGGGGGCGGGAUCAGGAAAGGUCCUGGAGUCGGGAUUCGAACACGGGACGCCCCGAGCACAGCAGCGCUAUAUGUUGGCGUGGAUUUCGGAUUUUGAUCAAUGCAAUGUAUCCUUGUUGAAUAAUUAUUAAUUUCUUUGAAAAAAAAAAAAAAACAUCUUCCUGACCCCAAAUUUUUGAACAGUAUUGUACUUUAUAUUGGGGAUAGUUCACACAAAAAUGAAAAAUCUGUUAUUAAUUAUUCACCAUCAUGUCGUUCCAAACCCUUAAGACCUUUGUUUAUCUUCGGAACACAAAUUAAGAUAUUCUCGAUGAAAUUCAAAAGCUUUAUGACCCUACAUAGACAGCAAAUCCAACUGAAGCGUUCCCAGGCCCCAAAACGUGGUAAGGACAUCGUUAAAACAGUCCGUGUGACAUUACUAGUUCAACCGUAAUUUUAUGAAGCUAUGAGAAUACUUUUUGUGAGCAAAGAAAACAUAAACAAUGACUAUUCAACAGUUUUCCUCUUCUCCGUCACCAUCCACCGCCAUUCACAGCACCACACGGUUCAUCUUACUUUAUGUUCCGAAGAUGAACGCAGUGAGUACUUAUGACAGAAUUUUAUUUUUGGAUAAACUGUCCCUUUAUUGUUUAUUUAUGGGCAUUUCUCAGCAAUUAUUUACGUGUGAGGAACUUCAACUGAGAUGAAUUUGAUUCAAUAAUCAGCGUAUUGUCUUUAAUUAGAUUACAUUUAAACUGACAGGCCUGAUAUCUAUACGGCUGUAUAUCUUAUUUCAGCUGUGUGUAUUGUGACCCUGAUUUUGUUCAGGUUUGUAAACAGUGUUAUACAGAGACGUGUUGAGUCAGCUUUUGCUAUUUCUCCCUAGUGGCUUUCCCAGCUCGGGCUGCUCUGUUUGUCAGUGUUGCUGACAGGAACAGCACUGCUUAGCAAGGACUCAAUCAAGAUGCAGAGAGAUGUGGAGUCUUUUCUUAAAGGAGCAGAAAGCGUAGAGAGAGACAUGAUGUGCUUGUUUUGGCUGGUGAGUCGUGAAGCUAACACGAGUGCCGUCACACUGACUCGGUGUUUUUCAGCUUCUCUCACUUUUUCCUUUCAUUCAGGUGUUAUUUUGCAUUCACACACUUUAGCCACUUGUCUGAUCUACAUAACAUUUUGAUCAGUCUUCCAUGAGACGUAUUUCUGUUGCAUACAUUACAUUACCUACCUUUUUUGUCACGUAAGAGCGGGCGCGGACAUUUGUAAAUGUUCUGGGUCUGGCUUCCGGUCUCAUCCUCCUCCAGCUAAUUUUAGCUGUACAAAACAGCCUGUUUUGCAGCUUGAUAUUGAAAAUUGGUGUCUUACCAUAUUAUUUUAAUGUAUUAUCGUAAUUAUAACAGUUUUAUGGUUUACUGCACGUUGUUUUGCUUCUCCUUAUUUCCCCAUAGUGGCUAAUGAAUCGGAAGCCUCGCCCAUAAGCUUACUUCUGAAGAAAAAGGUGGAUACAAGAGUAAUUUUAUUGGGGUUUUGGGUUGAAAAAGGUUUUUACACUGCUGUUUAAAAGUUAGGGUCAGUUUUUAAAAUAAAUUAAUAGUUUUAUUCAGCAAGGAUGCAUUAAUUGGAUCAAAAAUGACAGUAAAGAAAUGUUUAAUAAUUUAUGUAAUUUCUAUUUUAUCACUUCUAUUUCAAGAAAUAAAUGCAGUUCUUUUUAACUUUUUAAUAAUUAAAGAAAAAAAUAAAUGAAUUAUCACUGUUUUCACAAAAAUAUUAAGCAUAAUGCAUAGUGUUUGGAGAUUAUGACAAUAAUAAGCACCAAACUAGCAUAUUAAAAUUAUUUCUGAAGGAUCAUGUGACACUGAAGACUAAUGGCUGCUGAAAAUUUAGCUUUGCCAUCACAGGAAUAAAUUACACUUUUGAGUAUAUUACAAUAGAAAGCAUAAAUAAAUAGUUAUUUGAAAUGGUAAUAAUAUUUUAUAAUAUUACUGUUUUUUACUGUAUUUUUGAUCAAAUAAAUGCUAAAUAAGUUGAUUCACUGGUGGAGAAGUUAUUAUAUUUUUUGAACAACAUUUUCUUUUCUUUGGAAUAGUGUGCACAGAUGAAUCGUUCAUGAUAUUAACAUGUAUUAAGAAAGUAAAUAAUUUGAUUUCAUGUUGACUAAGUGCUGUAUGCCUGUGGUGUACUUCUACUCAUAAACUGUGAUUCAUCAUGAUUUAAAUAUUAGCUGUCAUUGUGCUUGUGAACAUUCACUGCCUUCCCUAUAAUCGCACAGAACGUUUUGCACUUAAUAUUUUCCCAAAGUUUUUGCAAUGCUUACAUGUCAGUCACGGUGUGUAUUCGUGUACAUAUUGUUUCACUAUUUUAGAGCUUAUACUUACAAAAUGAUAAAUGAUGUUUACAUCCUAUUAAAGUAUUUAUUACCAUU